AUGUCUACGCCACAAAUCUUGCUCACUGGUGCCACGGGUUACAUUGGGGGCAGUAUCCUCGCACUCUUGCUCGCUUCCAACGAACCGCUACUGAAGAGCGCGACAAUCACUUGCCUGGUGAGGGGAGAGAAUCGUGUUGCUGAGCUGAAAGCCGCGUAUGGAGACCGGAUAAAACCUGAGCUCUACAAAGACCUGGACGACAUAGAGCGCACAAUAGAAGUUGCGAGCCAGCAUGACAUCGUCAUCAACACCACUCUGGGUUAUCAUCCUCAAAGCGCUGCGGCUCUAGUGCAUGGGCUUGCGAAGCGCAAGGAGGAGACUGGCAAAGAAGUUUACCUCAUUCACACAUCGGGAACGUCCAAUUUGGCUGAUCGUCCAGUCACCAAGACAUUGGUAGAAGAUCGCGUCUUCGACGAUGCCAAGGACGAUAUUUACAGCUAUGAGAAGGAGCGAAAUGCUGCCGAUCCGUACGGACAGAGGACGAGUGAGCUCGGCGUAAUUGAUGCCGGCAUCGCGACAGCCGUCAAAACCCUGGUCAUCAUGAGUCCUACGAUAUAUGGCAUAGGUACUGGCAUGUUCAACACGAAGAGCAUUCAAGUACCUAUGUAUGUGAAAGCUGCCUUGGAACAUGGCCAGGCUGCAGUUGUUGGUUCUGGUGAAGGUGUCUGGGACAAUGUUCACGUCGAGGACUUGGCCGAACUGUAUAAGCUGAUCACCUUGAUGAUACUGGAAGGAAACGCUGCACAGAUUCCCUUUGGCACCAAAGGUAUCAUCUUCUCCGGUAAUGGUCGGCAUUCGUGGUUAGAGCUCGCUCAGGGCGUGGCCGAUGCGGCAUACGAUGCGGGCAGAAUCAAGACCAAGGAGGUCAAAUCGGUUGAUAUCGAAGAAGGCGCUCGCUUAUUGACUCAAUGGUUCGUACCAGGAGGUGAUCAGCAGCUUGUUGAAUUAGGCUUAAGCAGCAACUCGCGUACCGAGAGCAAUGUCGCCCGAAGGUUGGGCUGGCGUCCGUCGCGAGGUAAAGAGGCUUGGGAGCGAGGAUUCACUGAGGAAGUCGGACGGGCUGAUUGAGAGCCCGGGAAAGUGUCUUCGAAGUACGGCCUUAUGACUCUUGGCAUGCAUCCGGAGUCGGUCAAACAUCGACAUCGUCACAGAAAAUAAGUAUGGAAAGGCCAAAGACGAGGCUUGUUCUGCGCUGGCUCGAUUUGGAAAGUGCGCAGCGGAAGAGGUGCUGUGUAAGGCCACUGUGAAUUUGCUGUCAGCCAGCUCUCGUGACAAUGUGUGCGAAAUCUCAGGCAGGAGCUUGGAGCCGGUCAUAGACCGACGCUUGUGAUACACCAUAUGCACACUCGUGGAAUCGAUGGUCUCUAGGCUGGGACGGAGCGCCUUCAAUGCUGCCAAGGAUGGGCAUGAAAUGAAUGAAGUUCGGCAAGGAGUCAAGGACUGGUGAUGUCGUCGAUCUCGUAUUCGGCUCGUUCCGCAGCUGCAUGUUCUUCAGCAACACCUCUAGAUUUCAUCUUGUUACAACAAUGUUAUCGAUUUC